CCAUUUCCGGAUGUUUCACACAACGCAUGCGCAGAAUUGAAAUUUUGUGGCGGGGAAUCAAGACAACAACAAACUUUUAACACGCUGGUGUACCGUUUGUUUUUAUUGAAUAACAGCUUCUAGACAUUAGAAAUUAAAGAUGGUUGAAGGUCCUGGCUGCACAUUAAACGGAGAGAAGAUCCGCGCUAAAGUCCAGAAAGGACAGAAAGUGAAGGAGAUGAGAGGCAGUCUGAUAAGCAACGCGGUAAGUCAUGUAAUCAAAACUGAUGUAACACCAGCGUUUUGCUUCUGGACGUUGUUGAGUUUGUGUUUGUGUUUGUUGUGUUCACAGAAAAACAGCUCAGGGGGAAAUGCCUUGCAGCGUUUUAAUGGUUGUCAGUACAGCGGGGUUGAAACUCUGGGCAAGGAGCUCUUCAUGUACUUUGGUCCAAAAGCUUUGAGGGUCCACUUUGGUAUGAAUGGAUCAAUGCGUAUAAACCCUGUUGUGAGGAAGGAGAGGACUGGCUCCUUACCGGUGCUGGAACUACGCCUGACUAGCGACGCCGUGUGCUUCUAUGACAGCACUGUGGAAAUAAGGUUAACAGAGGACUGCGAGCAAAGGGUGAGGGCUAUGGAGUGUCUGGAUGUCUGCUCCCCCAAAUUCGGCUUCUCCCGCUCCGAGGAUGCUGUGCGGAGCCAGAGAGGCAGGAUGCUCUGUGACGUUCUCCUAGAUCAGGCCGUCAUGCCGGGAGUCGGCAACAUCAUUAAAAACGAAGCCCUGUUUGACUCGGGCCUCCACCCAGCCGUGAAGGUUCACCAGCUGAGAGACGAGCAGAUUCAUCACUUGGUGAAGAUGACACGUGAUUUUACCCUUUUGUUUUACAAGUGUCGCAAAUCUGGCUCUCCUCUCUACAAACAUUACAAAGUCUACAAGCGUCCCCAGUGCGGCCAGUGCUCUGAUGUCAUCUCAGUCUGUCGUCUAGGAGACAACGGGAGGAUGACUUACUUCUGCGGGCGCUGUCAGAAAGCAGAUCCCAGCGGGGUUGACAUCAGUACGCUUCCUGCCAGGAACAGUCUGAUUGGCUGGGUCUACAGUGACAGAACCAAUGACAGCGUGGCUAAGAAGGAGGAAGAGGACUGGGCCUGUCAGCUCUGCACGCUCGUCAACCAGCCGGCAGCUAAAGCCUGUGAUGCCUGCCUCACUCCCAGACCUGAGGCCUGCAAAGACGACGUUAGCGCUGAAGCAUCACCCUUCACUGCUGAUUUGAUUAAAUACCCCUGCAUCGCCUUCGCAAAGCCACAAGAGGAGCUCAAAGUCAACUGGAGGUCUGCGUUGGGGACUACCACCCUUGUUUUCUCUGACUUGAGCAAGAAGCCAAAGCCUGUAAACUCCCCUCUGUCCCCAGCCGGCAGUCAUUUGAAUUCCUUGGCGACAGAGCGUGGUUUAUAUAAAUACAACGUCUGCCAAGGGACAACAAGCCCCAAUUAUGCCUCUGGUGGCUGGCAGAAGCAAAGUGCCGAGCGCACCAAUAGGGAAUCGCUGGCCUCCUACAGUCAGCCAUCCAAGAAAAUGAGAAUUGAUCACAGUCCCUUUUCCAGUAACAAUGCUCAAAAUGGAACCCCCAACUCACGUUCUGCCAGUACAAGCAAAACAGAAGCGACAAGCCGCGGCUCCUCCGUUUCUCCCAGUCCCAGCAUGCCUUGUUGUGCAUCCCAUCGCCGUCCAGCUGUCCUCAGGACGGUCCAGAAGGACGGAGAUAACAAGGGACGGCAGUUCUACUCCUGCUCGCUCCCCAGAGAGACAAAGUGUGACUUCUUUGAGUGGGCUGACUUGCACUUUCCUUUUUGUCACCAUGGGAAACGCUGUUUAAUGAGGACUGUUCUGAAACUAGGACCCAACAAUGGCCGGAAUUUCUACACCUGCAGCUUUCAAAAGGGUAAACAGUGUGACUUUUUCCAGUGGGCAGCGAAUGGACCGGGGAUCGCCAUCCUCCCUGGUUGUUGAUCUGUUUCAGAAAUGCAUCACUUCAAAAUCAAGCCUAAAUGUUCACAUAAAUACAUUUAGAUGCAGGACACAAUAGCUUAUUGUUACCCAAUGUUCCCUGUUGUUACUGAUGUCUGUUUGCAUGUGGUGUCUGUCAUGUUCACUUUUUAAAUGUUUUUUUUUAUGUCAUAACCAGAAUAAAGAUUUUAAAGAAGUCAAAGCAACAAUAACUCAAA